AGGAACGAUGAUCACACUCUUUGUCGCUCUUUACUCUCUGCUUUGUCUCUGCACAGCUGUAAAAACUUCUGACAUCAAGGAGCUUCAUGUGAAAACAGUAAAGCGUGGAGAAAAUGUAACUAUGGAGUGUAACAUUAGCAGGGUCAGAAGCAAAAAUAAUUUAUUUUGGUACAGACAGAGUUUUGGAAAAUUACCUCAGUUUUUAGCAAGACCAUACAGUAACACUUUGGGCUACACAUUUGCUGAGGGUUUUAAAGAUAGCCGCUUCAGUAUUACUGUAAAUGAACAUAAGUUUGAUCUCUACAUUAAUGGAGCAAGAGAAGAUGAUGGAGGAGAAUAUUUUUGUGGAGAACUGGAUGGAAGUUUACUAAGGUUCACAUCUGGAACACGUCUGCAAUUUGAAGCUGAAGAGAUGAAACCCUGUCCUACACCUGGAACGGUUAACAAGAACACAGAUUCUGUUACACUCCAGGGUUCAGACAGCAGCGAAGGAAAAGGUAAGAGUUGUACUGAUCAGAUGCAUGUGCUGUUCUGGCUCUCCAUUGUUAGAGUUGGAGUUCUUGCCUUCAUGAUUAUUGUCUUUCCAACAGUCCUCCUUGUUUUCAAAUUAAGAUCAAAUUAG